CGGACAACAGUCGAACUCGCAGCACGAAGCAUUGUGACCACACAGGCGACAUCCUGAACGUCCAAUUCGACCAUCGAGCAGACCCAAAGCGGACGAGAUAUGUCCCAAGACCACUUCCGAUGUACACCACAAAAAGGGACGAAAGAAAAAAAAAAAUUUAUUCCUCACCUUUCAGACUCACAACCGAAUCAUGUACACCGAAAACGAUCACUGGUGGUCUUCGAAUCUGGGUAUUGUCCGAAAGAAAAGAAACCACCCUGUUCUGUCGCUCUUCUAGCCGGCAGAAGCUGAAUCAGGGGAAUCUGAACCGUCGAGGUCACGAAUCGGGGAAAGACGGCGGCGGUAAAGACUUCAGGGGGGGAGGUUCGGCGUUUGAGCUAACAAACGUCGAAGGGCGAGGUCGAGGCGAGAUGCUCGACUCGAGCACUGGUUCAGUAGGGCAGAGAAAGAGGUCGACUAUUCAAUCGACCGAAAUCUCGACUUUUGCCUGUAGGACCAGUCUCAGAACUCUCCGAAAAAGGGAAUUGGCGGGGAGGUGGUGGAAGAGGAAAGGGAGAAGAGAGGAGAGAAAAGUUGAGGAGUUGACACUCUCCAAGCGGGUUUGGAAGAAGAAAAAGGGAAGAGAGAAACGAAGAAUUAAAGAGGCUCGACAGAGAAAGAGGAUCGCUGCAGCUUACAGUCACUAGUAGUUUGUAUGUAUGUACUUGUAUGUAUGUACCGUAAGUACCGUAAGUAACAGGUUGGAGGUGUGUAUGAUACAGCGAGUUGAUCGACCGGAUCCGCCAGU